AUGAACAAAAACGGAACAGCUAAAAUGAAUGAUAAUCAAAUUAGAGCAGAAGGUAGAAGGUUAUUUAAACGCUUCUAUAACAUUCCUGAUGGUGUUAAUCCUAAAACUCGUAGAAGCUAUUUAAAUGAAGCAAUAGAUGCAUAUGAAGGGUUUGACAUUUCAUCAGAAAGUGAGAGAUUAGCGAGAAUGUUAAAUGUUAAUAUUGAUUUCUAUUAUUGUGAUCCUCAACCAGAAGACGUGGACAUAAAUAAGGUAGACUUUCCAUUAGUGGAAUCAAUAAUGAUAGAUCCAGAAUUUGAAACAGUAAAUAUUUUAUUAACACAGAGUCCAUGUGGAAAACUUCACGCUGACAGAAUAACAGACGUUGAAGCACUCACCGGCUAUAAAGUUUGUCCAUAUUGUAAAGAAGAAGUUUAUUCUAUCCGUGAUGAUCCAGAAAGGAAAAACCAAAGAAGAUUUUUAAAGCAUUGUGAGAAAUGUAAAGAAAAUAAUGGAAGAUUAAUUCAAGACGUUCAAUUGCAAAAGACAGCAACCAUAUGCACCACAUAUUACGAAACAGAAGAUAUAUCAGUGGUUAUUAGCUCACAAUUUGCAGAAAUAUUAUAA